AUGGAGGAGACUACGUUUUUUAAUCGGUAUUGGGAUUUUGCUUUGGAGUUUACUAUUGGACCUACACCCUCUGGCCAAAAAUUGGCUGCGCGUCGCUCAGCAGCCAAGGGUCGAAAACGCAAUUGUGAUCUAGACCCAUCAACUGAAAGGAAAACCGCUCCCAUUGACCCUUGCUCUCCUUCGCGAGGGUUCUUUCCGGAAGCUACCCCAAAGCCAGUUCGCGACUCUGUUGCCCCCGAUAUGGAAGAUGCGAUAAUGCUGGACACCACGGGUCCAUCGGUCAAUAGCCCCACCAAUAAACCAGUCGGCGAGUUUGCUUAUUGGUUUGACAACGAUGGGUCAGAUUCCAAGAAGGCUGCUAUUUGGACCAAGUACCUCUCUGAAGAACUGAAAGCCCAUGAAGUGAAACAGAUGAAUUUGACUGGGCUUCCUCGCUCGAACGCCCAGUUCCUCUGCGCUACAAUCAACUAUGAAUGGGAUGGUGACACAUCUGAGGGUGGGUCUAUUGAAAAGUGUUUCACUGAAGAAAUGGUCUCGGUCCUGUCUAUGGCUAUGGACAACGCUGAGGGCGACUUGGUCAUUCUUCCGGCGAGCAAACUCGGUGUACCGGACAAAAAGUUGUGGCUGACCUCUAAGGAGAAGGUGGAGGAGCUCACCUACAAGAAGCUCAGGCCCUACAUUGACUGGUCCUGGAAUAAUAGAGCCCGAUUUGGCUACAACGCUAAGAAUCCCGGCUCCAAGACUCUUUGCACCCGCAUUUGCGUCGCCCACAAUUCUUCACUGGUCGACAUGGCCCGACUACUGGGUCAAUGUUUUGAGAUCACUGGCACGCAUGCUGCAAGUUAG